AUGAAGCGAGCCUUGGUGCUGGGGGCAUCAGCCCUGCUCAUCCUGGCGCUGAACCAGAACGCCAUCCGGGAGCUGGACGUUUCCCAGCUUCUCGCCAAACCUGUGAUCGUGAUCCAGUCCUCGGACAAUGUCACCAAGCUGCUGGGAGCGCUGCUGCGGGGGCUGCGGGCUACGGCGAAGAUCACAUACCAGGCGGUGCUGCUGGAGAACCUGGGGGUGACGCUCACCCUGUGGUCGACCUGUGGCCUCUCCCGAGGGGGCCUCUAUGGGGAGUGGCAGGGGGUCAUCUGCCCUGGGGAGAACAGCUCGCAGGUCCAGGUGCGUGCUGGUGCUGGCUCCCCGUGGGUGCUGGUGAUGGCAGGGAGGGGAGGGGGGGACUCUGGUCCGUGACUGGUGCUGUUUCUGCAGAAAUACCUGCAGCAGCUGUGGAAUACCAUCCUGCUGAUCGCCCUGCUCCUCUGCACCGGCGUGAUGGUGCAGGCCCAGCGGCAGUCGCGGCAAGAACCGUCGGAGCAGGAUGCCGAGCUGGACCUGAAGCACCGCAUUCGGCGGCGGCUGUCGGCACUGAAACCUCGGCGCUACCAUCCUGGCAAACCGCUCCGCAGCCAGGCCUGCGAGAUCGAUAGCUGCGCCGUCUGCUUGGACCAGUUCCACAAGAGCCAG